CCGCGGAGUCACGUGUGCGCUACCGGAGUCGUGCCUGCCCUAACCGCCGACGCCAUUGCCCGUUGCCCGUCGCCGCGUCUAUCGCGUACUGGCCGUCGAUCAUCAACACCACCAACGCGCUGCGCACCAUGUCGGACUCGGAAGCAGACAGGCCCUCAGAGGCGACCAUCACCAACAGACUACGCGACAUUGUCAUCGCCAUACACAAAUCUGGAAAGAGCGAUGAUCUGACUGUGAAGCGCGUUCGAGCGCGCGCUGAGAAGGAGCUAGGCCUAGACGACGGCUUCUUCAAGACGGACUCGGCUUGGAAAGAAAAGUCACAGAAAACAAUCGUCGACGCAGUGGAGAAAUUCUGCAACGACGAGCCUUCGCCAGAGCCUACCCCCAAAAAGGCCGCCCCGAAGCCCAAAGCAAAGCCCGCGGAAAAGAAGACAAAGGCUGUGACCGAGAACGCCCGAGGCGUCAAGCGCAAGGCUGCGGCACCUGCCAAGAAGCCCAAGAAGCGCGCGAAGACAGAGUCUGAAGAAUCCGAGGCUGAACUCUCAGAACCGCCCGCCGAGAUAUCCGACGCUGAGAGCGAACCAACUAAGAAGCCAAUACGUCGACGGAACAAGGUAGUGGCAGAAGACUCCGACGACGAGGAUGCGCCAGAGCCAACUUCGAAACCCACCACUGCUGAGGACGACAGCGACGCCAAAACCGAGCCAGCGAAGAAGACAGACACAAAAGGCGACGUAUCCGACAGUGAGCUGUCUAGCGUCAUAGAUGAAGAGCCAAAGAGAAAGAAGAGAGCCCCUGCAGCCAAGGGCAAGAAGGAAAAGGCUCCCACAAAGCCAAAAGCCGCGCCAAAAGCGAAGGCUGAAGACGACCCCGACACUGCUGAAGUCAAGCGGCUUCAAGGCUGGCUCGUCAAGUGUGGCAUACGCAAAGUCUGGUCGCGAGAUCCUGAGCUCUCCCAGUGCGACACCUCGAAAGACAAGAUCCGCGUGCUAAAGGGCUGGCUGAAAGACGUGGGCAUGGAUGGCAAAUACUCUGUUGAGAAGGCUGCUAAGAUCAAGGAGCAGAGAGAGUUUGCAAAGGACCUCGAGGCUAUCAAGGAGGGUGAGGCCGCAUGGGGCAAAGCGAGCGAGGUCACAGCUACGGGUCGACCGAGCCGACGGGCGGCAGCCAAACCUGUGCCACAACAGAAAGUUGUGCUCGAAGAUGAUAGUGAAGAAGAAGGCGGCGAUGACAAUGACGACGAUGACAACGAUGAUGAUGACGACGUUCAAGCCGACUCGGAAGACGACGGUGACGAUAACGGCGAUAAGAGCAGCGACAGCGCAGGCGACGACUCCGAAUAAGCUCCUUUGGCGAUAGUCUAAGCCUCCUUUACGAGCCGCUCUUACGUACACAUCUCGACGUGGAGCAUACAGACUCACACUUAAUACAUACAGUUGGUCCUUUGAUGGUGUAGUAGGACGUUUUGAUACCCCAUAAAAGCAUAUGUGUUUUCUCUUAGCCUUGCAUUUCUGUUUAAUUACUUCGUGUAAUUGGCCAGCUAAUCUCAACAAAACUGAUCUCAUGCUUCUGUCGAGGCACUUCACGUCUUGACCCAAAAGAAAGGCCGAAUUAUCUAUUACUCUACGUACACACGAUAGAAAAAGAAUGGAAACACUAUCUGGAGGGUUUGUUCGGCG